CUAAAACGCUUUAGUUAGAGCAGAUCAGGUCAUAUGAGGACGACUGCAGCUGAAACAUGGCAGAAAAAGCCGUAACAACAAUUCACAAAGUCGUCGCUUUGAUUGUAGCAGUUUGUGUUGAUCUGUCUUUAUUUUACGCAUCAGGAUUAGUUGUAAUUCACAGCGUUUUGGGGCAUUUUGCGCAUCUGUGGCUUUCUGCAGCUCUACGAUGGUCAGCAGUAACUGGUUUAACUUUGGUGUUCCUGGGAGACCUGAGUCCGCUGCUGAUCCGGUUCAUAACGGCCUACAGUCUGCUUCCAGCGGUGUUGGAGACCGGAACCAGGGCUCUUUACCGGGAGGAGAGCCAAUGUGGACCGGUGGCGGAUAUUUGCUGCUGGCUGAUGUUCGCCGGAGCGUCGCUGGGAGCUGCGCUGUUCUGGGAGAUCAUCAUCCCUGACAGCGAUGAAAAGGCCGAGAAUAAGGAGCAGAAACAGAAGUCCAGAGUUCUGGUCAUGAGGGUUCUCCACCUGUACAAGCCGGACUAUCCCAAGCUGUUCGGAGGCUUUGUGUUCCUCUCAUUAGCAGUUAUGUGUGAGAUGUUUAUCCCAUUCUACACAGGCAGGGUCAUUGACAUCCUUGGAAGUCAUUACCAACAAACUGAAUUCCUCACAGCUCUCUUCUUCAUGGGCCUGUACUCUGUUGGAAGCUCUGUGAGUGCUGGUUGCAGAGGGGGUAUCUUACUUUGUGCCAUCAGUUCUUUUACAUGCAGAAUCAAAGUGAAGCUGUUUGGUGCUUUGACCAAACAGGAGAUUGGAUUCUUUGAAACCGUAAAGACAGGUGAAAUCACAUCCAGGUUGUCUAAAGACACCACUCUGACUGGAAGAACAGUAUGUCUGAAUGUUAACGUGCUGCUGAGAACAUUUAUCAAGACGAUGGGCAUGAUCUCCCUGAUGAUGAGUCUGUCAUGGAAGCUCACAUUUAUUGUGCUGAUGGAAACACCUAUAACUGGUCUCAUACAGAACUUGUAUGACACUCGCUAUCAGAGGUUGUUUCAGGCAAUGCAGGACUCGAUGGCUCGAACAAAUGACUCUGCUAAUGAAGUUGUGUUUGGUAUUCGUGUGGUGCGAAGUUUCAACACAGAAAAGCAUGAAGCUAAUCGAUACAAUAAAAGAUUACUGGAAAUACACUCCCUAAAGAUUCGACGGGACACUGUGAGGGCAAUUUAUCUGCUUGGACGCAGGUUGACAGGUUUGGGAAUGCAGGUAUUCAUUUUAUAUUAUGGCAGACUCUUCAUCCAGAUGGGACAGAUGACCACUGGAAACCUGGUUUCCUUCAUCAUCUACCAGUCAGACCUUGGGAACAGCAUCCGGACACUCACAUAUAUAUUUGGUGACAUGCUGAACUCAGUGAUGGCUGCUGGGAAAGUGUUUGAGUAUAUAGACCGAAAACCUCAGAUUAGCACAGAUGGAAAACUCACACCGGAUCAGCUGGAAGGACGUAUCAGCUACUGUGGUGUGAACUUCGCCUAUCCUUCAAACCCUGACAAAACUGUGCUGCAGGACUUCAGCUUGGAGUUGAAACCAGGUCAGGUGACAGCUCUUGUGGGUCCAUCUGGAGAAGGAAAAAGCACCUGUGUGAGUCUCCUACAGCGAUUAUAUGAGCCUCAAGAAGGAGAAAUUUUACUGGAUUAUGAACCGCUGAAAUCCUACGACCAUCAUUUCUUCCACAACAAGAUUGCAGUGGUGAGCCAGGAGCCUGUUCUCUUCUCUGGAUCCAUCAGAGAUAACAUCACCUACGGACUCACUGACUGCUCAAUGGAGAAGAUUGAGGAAGCAGCACGCAAAGCCAACGCCCAUGAUUUUAUUAAACAACUGGAGAAAGGCUACGACACAGAGGUGGGGGAGAGUGGCGGCCAGUUAUCCAAGAGUGAGAGGCAGCGGAUCGGCAUUGCUCGAGCUCUGGCCAGAGAGCCAAAAAUCAUCAUUCUGGAUGAAAUAACCAGCUCUCUGGAUGCUGAGAAUGAAAACAAGGUUCUUCAGGCCCUGGCAAGCUGUCCCAACCAGACCCUCCUGGUGAUUGCUCACAGACUGAAGACCAUCGAGAAGGCAGAUCAGAUUGUUGUGGUUAGAGGAGGUAAAGUCGAGGAAAAGGGGACUCACCAGGAGCUGAUGGAGUUGCAGGGGAGCUACCAUAAACUGAGAAAUGAGCUGUUUGACGAGGCAAACUCACCACAGUGAACUACUGAAAAUGAUGUGUACUGAAACUGUAGCCUAAAGUGUGAUAGAUAAUUUUGUACAUCAGACAUUUAGUUUUAUAUAGACAUUGAAAAUGUUUUCAACUCUUGUACUUUUAUUUAUUUUAAAGAUUGUUGAUGUUGAUGUAAUCACAAAAUGAAUAUAUUCUGUCGGAUUUAUCUUGAUGAUAUCAUUUUCGAUUCCUCUCCUGGGAAAUUAUUGACAACAGGUCAAUGUUGUUGCUAUAAAUCUUCAUUUAUAAUCAGAUCAGCCAAAGAUGGCUUUGUGGUUAGUACAUCUCAAAUAAAAGAUUAAUCAGCAGCUAAAA